GCUGUUCAGGAGAAAGAAAAGGCUGUACAAGAAGGUCUUGCAAGCUUGAAGGCUAACUUCUUUUGUGAGUUAUGUGAAAAACAAUAUUACAAGUAUCAUGAGUUUGAUAAUCAUAUGAAUUCCUAUGAUCAUGCUCAUAAGCAGCGUUUAAAAGAAUUGAAGCAAAGAGAGUUUGGACGAAAUGUAGUUUCAAAGUGGAAGAAGGAAGAUAAGAAAAAAGAACGAGAAGCCAAGAGAUUACAUGAACUUGCUGAAAUGCGUGCCCAAGCAGCUGAAAUGAGAGGACCAAUUGAAAUGGGAACAGGAGAAAAGUUUAUACCAGGAGGUGGUUUUAAGGUUAUUAUGGAAGCUAAUGAAAAAGAUUUUACGAGUGAUGAAGCAGAAGGUGACAGUUGCCAUUCUGUUAAUCAGUCCGAACAGGAGGAUCCUUCUGAGAAAGAUGCAGGUGAAGAGAGCAAUAACACCAGUAAUUUGGAUGUACAUUCUGUUCGAGGCGAUGAUAAUUUUUCAGAAUUAAAUCCUCAAGAAGAUGAUGAUAUAACAGAUGUUCUAGAUCAUUCAGUGGCUAAAGACUUAACUUAUCUUGAAGACAAAGACUCGGAAAGCAGUCCUGUUAAUGAUACUCACUCUGAUGAAAUUCAGAAUCAUGAUUCUAAUUUAGAUGCAAAUGCUGAGUCAUCUGAAUGUGAUCCUGUUGUAGGGGAAGCAGAGAGUGAGAGCAUUUGUAUACAGCAGGAGGAAGCAGAGCCAGAAAUGGUAAAAUCUUAUGAAGUUUCACCUGAUUCUCCAGGAAUAUCUACUUUGCAUAUGAAUACAAUUUUUUUCUCACCUGAUGAUGUAGAUUUACCUCCUUUGCCUGAUGUUUUAAUUAGUGCUGAUUCUGCAACAAAUAUUUCAAAAAUUAGUGAUUUUAAAAAAUUGAAUGGUUCAGAAUUACCUAGCAUAGGGCAAACUACAGGUUCUAAUGAAAUUUUAGAACCUGAAACUAUAACUGAAGGUAGUAACAUGCAUGAUAUUACUGAGCGGGCAUUAAGUUUUAAUUUAUCUCCAACUGAGUCUAAUUUAGUUCCAAAGUCGAUAGUUCUUCUUGGUAAAGCACUUGCUCGCAAGAGACUUAUGGCAUUCUCUCAGUCAAAAUCUGCAGAUGUAACUAACAGUGAAGCAAACUUGUCUAAAGCAGGUUCAUUGUCAUUCAGUUUGGCAAAGAAGGCUAACCAAAAAAUAAGUGCUGAUGUAGUAGCAUUGUUUAAAGAAGAGGAAGAAGAUAGUGAACAAAGCAGAGAUGAGAAUCUGGCUGAAAAGAAUUUGAAAGAUACAAGCAAUAAAAGCGAGGAUGCUAAUUCUCCAGUUACAUCAAAAGCUGAAAUAUAUCCUAACCAACCGCCAGAUGCCUUUUCAAAAAAGCCAAAUUUUGGGUUUUUAACAUUUGUAAAAACAGAUGUAAUUGUAGGAUCUGAAAAAGGUGAUGGAGAUGUGACCCAAAAUAUAUCUCAAAAAGAUUUAAAUGAACCUACUGUUGAAAAGUCACGCAAACAGGAUCAGUUGGAGAAGGAAAAAGGUAGACAUUCAGAAGAUGCACCUGAAAGGCAAUUAGAGAGGGGUACUAAAAGGUCUCGUGAAAAGUCUCAUAGAUCAUCUGAGAAGAAAAGCAGACAAUCUGAAGAUAAAGAUAUCCAAUCAAGUGAGAGAAAAAGUCGGAGAUCUGAAGAAAGGGAUACUCGGUCAUCAGAGGGGAAAGGCUGGCGACCUGAAGAGAAAAAUAAGCGGUUACUUGAAAACAAGAGUUGGAAAUCGGAAGAAAAGAACAAUCGAUCAUCCGAGAAAAAGAAUUGGAGGUCAGAUGGAAGAGAUAGUCACUAUUCUGAGAGUAGGGAAAGGAAGUCUGAAGACAGAGUCAAAAAUAAGAGAUCUGAUCAUUAUGAUAGGAGGCAAUCUAUGGAAAAAGAUAGAAUUAAAAAACACAUAGACAGAGAUGCAAAAUCAUCAGAAUGGGAAAGGCAUAAAAAGUUGGUUGACAGAGGAAAAAAAUCACAAGAAAGAGAGAUGUCACAAGAGAGAGACAAAGCAGUUAGGAAUGAAAAAUCUGAUCGCAGAGAAAGUAAAAUGUUAGGCAACAGGGAAUCUCCAUAUCAAGAAACACAUAUGCAAGAAUAUUCUUCUAGUUUAGAAAAUACUGAAACAGUUCCUGAUAAAAUGCACUUGAAAGAACCAGAAAUAGAAAAGUCGAACUCUGAUGAUUCAGAUAUAAAAAAUUCUGAAGUAAAUGAAUCAUCUGCAGUGGAAGCUGAUGAUUUUAGUUUAAAUAGAACAGUUUUUACUGAUGUUUGCAGUUCUGAUACUGACACUAAAUAUUCAGAAGGUAUACAUGCUGAAUUAUCUGAAAUUGAUCAAACUUGUAAUUUAUCUGAUGUAAAAUCUUCAUCAAAUGUAAUAGUCUCUCAAUCAUCUUCUAACUGUGAUGCAACAAGAUACAUUUUAAAAAAUAAUGAUUUAUCCAAAAAUAUUGCAAAUGAAGACUAUAAUAAAUGUUUGUCUGAAUAUCAGAAGCACCAUUGUAGUGAUCAUAUAAAUGAAAGGGAAAUGGAUCAAGUUGUGGUACAUCAUAAUUCUGAAGAGCCUCAUUCACCUUUAGAAGAUGAAAAUUUUUCUGGUCAUGAAGAAGCAAAUAUUGAUCAGCAAAAAGCAAAUAAAUCAUUGGAAGUGAACAAAAGGAAUGUAAAGAACAAAUUACAAAAUGAUAAGCUUGUAGACUGUAUCUCUAAAGAGACCAAAAGAAAUGAUAGCACAGCCUCUGUUAAUAAAGAUAAAAUAGAUGAAGAUAUUUCUGAAAGUAAUUCAUCCAAAGAAAAUAUUGUUACCCUAAGAGAUGGUGCUGGUAAUUCUUCAAAAGAAGUGCGUGAAGAAAAAAAUUCUAAUGAAUAUAAAGGCAAGAAUUCUGGAAAACUGAAACGAGUCAUACAUUCCCCAAAGAAAGAUAAAUCAAGUCCCAAAUCGAUACCAAAAUCUAAAUCUAAGCCUAAACAUAAAACAGAUAAAUUGCUUGCUCAUAUGCUAAAAAACAAAACUUUUAAAAAAUUGUGUGUGAAAGCUGGUAUUGAUGUGUCUGAUAGUUCUAAAAAAUUGGAAAAUACUAUUCGUGCUAUGUAUAAAAUAAUGUGUGAAAAGCAGAAGUCAAGUAAACAUCAGAAGCGUAAUGUAUCUGAUCAAAGCAGCUCAUCCAGUAGUAGUAGCAGUGAUUCUGAGAAGAGUAAUGACAAGAGUGGAUCUAGUUCUUCAUCCGACACAGACAGUGAUACAUCUUCUAGCAGCAGUUCUAGCAAUGAAAGUGAUCACUCUGUAAAAGUCAAGGUAAGUAAUAAGAAAAUUAAAACAGACAAAAUCAAAAGUGACAUAGUUUCCAAUUCCAGCUCUAAAAAAUUGCAUAAGCAAGAUGUUGCACCACAUAUGACUGUUAUGAAUGAGCAGGAAAAAACAUAUUCAGGUGAUAUAAGUAACAUUUCGAUUCAGUUUGAGACACAUCCACAAAAAGAUACGAAUUUUAUUUCUAAAACAAGUAGUAAUAAAUUACUUUUGGGAGAGAAAAUCACACCCUUAAAAGAAAUUUCAAAGUUAGAAAAUGGUCAAAAUUUUGAAAAUAGCCAUGAUAAAAGUCAGCAUGAUGCAGAUGUAGAGCCUGACAAAUUAAAUUUGCAACCUGCUAUAGAAAACUCUGUUAACAUAAAUUCUCGUUCAGAUUCUCAGUAUCCUGUGGAGGAAAACAGUACCAAUUUUUCGUGUGUAAAUAAGAAAAUAUCUGAUUUUUCAAUGCCAAAGUUUUCUCGUAGUAUUGAAGAUACUCAAAUUAAUUUAAUGUCUCACAAAGAUAAGCAUAGCAGAACAGCUCUGCAAAAUGAUGUGGUACCAAAAGCAUCUGCUGUAUGUCAUAAGAGGCCUGAAAAUCAAGAAGGGGCUAAUUUUGUUAAUGGUGUGAAAAAUGAAGAAUUGCUUAGUUGCAGUGAUAAAAGUUUAAGCAAAACUGUUCUGCCAACAGAAAAUUGUGAUAAACUCGUUAAAGGCAGUGUGACUGAGAAAGUGCAUCCAUCUAAACAUGGCACUGGCAAGCGAAAGAAAGAGCAUAUUUCUGAUAUUAGCACCAAAAAGAAAUCAAAAAGCUCAAGUAAGCAUAAACUGAGUUCAAAACAUAUAGACAAAGAGGCUAAAAAGUUCUCCAUUCAUAAAGAUGAUCAUCAUCAUUCUUCUCAGGAAAGGAGAAAAUAUAAGUCAAAGGAUGUGGUAAGGCAUACUUAUACAUUACCUUCUAUUCCUUUCUGCUGUAAUCGAAAGUGUGGUGAAUUUGAAUGUGUUUUCAAAAAGCGAAGUCCUAGUCCAAAGUAUAAUGAUUCAGAUUCUUGUCAGCUUGAUGUAGGAAGCAUGUCAGCCCUUGAUGCUCUGAAAACAUCAUAUGGCCAGAUAGACAGCCCUCCUCUCAAAGGGUCUAAAAGACGUUCAGUAUCAACAGAACCUUCUGCAAAGAGAAAAUCUAAUAAUCUGUCAUUAAAAUCUUCAGAAAGUCAGGCAUUGAAAAAAAUACCCAUUACUGAAAACAAAGCUGAGAAAAAAGAGCCUUUGGUAGAUUUAUCUGAAACUUGUGCAAAAGGUGCUAAAUCUGAAGUAUUCCUGCCAGUAAAGAUAAAAUCAAAGUGGGACACUGAUUCUGAAAGCAAUUCUGAAAUGGACUGGAGCCCUCAAGUAAAAGGAAGUAACUUGCACAUUAAAACUGAACAAUCAGAAAUACCAAGUGGUGCAUCGAAUCCCUUAAAUGAAGUUGUAUUGCAAGAAAUAGAUGUGGAAAACCAUAUAAAAGGAGAACCAUUAGAAAACAAAAACAGCAAAAUUGUAAAGGAGAAAAUUCCUUUUGAACUUGGAACAGGUAAACAGUUUUGUGUAAAAAAUACGAGCGAUUUGCUUCCUUCAUGUGAAUUAGAAGUAAGCAAAGAUAAAGAAAAUUCCUUACCAGAGGCAGUUAAUACUAACUUAGAAAGUAUGUCUCCUAUAGGUAAUGCAUCUCCAAAACAAGUUGAGGUUGUAGCCACCAAUUUGCAGUCACUUCAUGAUAGUACAACACAUUCAACUAAUUCUUCUGCUCAACCUGCAUUAUCUAGAGAAACAGAUACUAAAGGAAAUGAAGUGCAGCUGUCUUCAUUGAGUGUGAAAGAAAAACCAUGUGGGAUGAAAUAUCCAGAAGUAAUAUCAAGUGAAUCUGAAGAGCCUCUUUUACCAGUAUACUCUCAAAACUUAACCCUUGCACAAGAUGUAAGUAGCAAUGUUUCCAUGGAAAAUGAAGGAAAUCGAUCUAGUGAUCUAGAUUCUGAGUAUGAUGAAUUCAUGAAAUUAGUCAAUCUUAAUGAAUCCGAAAAUGGUAUACUUGAUUCUACUGGAACAAAACCUGAAAAUGAAAUGCAAGAAGCUAAUACACUUGAUUUGCCUCCAAGUGAUAAAACAUCUGUGUCUUUUCUAACAUCUAAAAUAAACAAUUUACCAACUUCUUCAUCACAUAUUGUGCACAAAAAAAGUGAAAAUGAAAAAGAGAACAACACUACUAAAAGUACUGAGUUGCCAGUGUCACCAGCAGUUAAAGCAGAAGAUACACAACUAAAUAAAAGAUCUCGAAUAAAAUUAAAGAAAGAUAAUCAUAGAUCAAAGCGAGCAUUAAAGCAAAGUGGUGAAAUUUCUCAUCCUGUGUCUAAAGAAGUCAAGGAUGUGAUGAAAAGCAAUGAUUUUACUUGUGUUCAAGAGGAAGGAACUAGUGUUGAACUUUUAAAUAAAAGAAGUUUAAAUGAGAAACAGUCUUGUAUUGCAGAUUCCAAUAUUAAUAGUGAAGAACAUCCAGCGUUACAGAAAAAAGAUCUUAUCAUAGAUAAAGCUAAUUCUGAUAAUAUUCUUCAAGAGACGUCAAAUCCAGUGCCAAUUGUACAGAAAAACAUUUUGGUUGAAAAUGCUACAUGUUCUGAAUUGACUAAAUCCAUGUCACUUAAGAAAUCAGAUCAAAGUGACAGUGAAGGACAGAAGCAGUUGGCUUUAUCUAAAACACAAAAUGUACCAAUAUCUUAUCCUAUUAUAUCUUUUAAACAAGGUUUGCAAACAUGUGAUUCAGAGAAUUCUAAUAUUGAAAUUUCAACUAAUACUAAGCAUAAUAAUAGUAAGUGGGAUAUUAAAAUUACUGAUGAUAAGCAAUUAAGUGAUGUCAAUCAGUCAUUAAAAAUCAGUCCUUUGUCCAUUCCUAUAAAUCUGAAUCAAUCACAAACAAGUCAAAAUACUGCAGAAGUAGCUGUAAAUGAAAUUGUACCACAGUGUCUACAAAACAUUGUGUCUAAUUCUUCAGUUCUAGAUGCAGUGCCUAAUUCUGAUUCACAUUUCCAAAAUGUUAAGAGGGAAGAGAAGUUGUUCAAAAAGACACCUGAAGAAAAUUCUACAGUGCCAGUGUUAAUUGAUCCUGCAUCAUUAGUUGAAAAGAAAACAUUUGCUGGUGCAUGCAUGGAAACUUACUCUGAUACUGACAGUUAUGGUAACUCUAUAUCAUACAGUUCGGAUGAUAUUUCUAGAAGUUACCUGGAAUACCUUCAAGGAAUGCACUUAAACCCUACUGGUUCUUCUGAAAUGGCAGAAAACAUGUCAUAUGCUGUAACAACAUUAGCUGAGGGGUCCCCCUUACAAACUGGAAAUACUCACCAAAUUAGCACAAAUGUUGACAAUUUAAAUGCUACACUUUUCAAGAGUAGUGAAAGUAGGGCAGAAGAAAUUGUGAUUCCUCCUCAAGAUGAAGCCAUUAGUAGCUCUGAUACAGAUGUUGUGAUGGCUGGUAGUUUAGAAUCUAGUGAGGCUGUGUCUUCAUCUGCUGAAAUUUCAGCUUCAGUAAACAAAAAACUCACUUUUGAUGACACUGCAUCUGAGCAGAGCACAAUUUCAGAUUCUUCUGUUGUUAUUUCUGAUGUUCAACAGAAUUUAGUCAAUAAAACUGAGAAAGGAAAAGAAGAACCCAAAAGGCUUUUCAGUUCUUCAGUUUUGAUUACAGCCUCUUCUACUUCAACAGUGCCCAGUCAAAGUGUUCCUAAAGCUGGUAUUUUAAUUAUGCCAUCUCGAGAAUCAGAUUCUUUACCUAAAAAGUCUGUAACAUUUGCUGAUGGCAUACCUCCUACAAAAGACUUGUUCGUUGGAUCAAUUUCUCCUCCUCCACCACCACCUCCUCCUAAGGAACGACGUCACAAAGUUAAAGUAAAACAUUUGAGAAAGGCAGAACGAUCAUCUUCACCACCUCCUCCUCCUCCACCACCACCAAGAUCGCCUCCUCCUCCCCCACCUCCACCAGGUAAACCCAAAACAAGCACUGUUACUCCAGUGCCUCAAACUACAGUGGAUCCUUACCAGCAAUUGCAGCCGGUACAGCCAUUACCACCUCAGUAUUCUGUUGGUCAAAUUCCAUGUCCCACUAAUCGAGCAUCAGGAUAUUCUGUGCCUUAUGCCUACACUGGCAAUUAUCCACUGUAUACUGCAGCUCCUCAAGCUAUGCCUCAUCAAUAUCCAUACCCUCCUCCAAGCACUCAAGUUUUUGUCAAUCCUCAGAUGCAAGUACCAUAUUCAUACCCUCCCCCUCCAGGUACACAGUUGCCAGGUUAUCCCAUGCCCCAGCAGCCACCUGGUCACCAGCCACAAUAGAAAAUGAUUGUUAUUUUUGUUGAUCAUUAUAUUCUAGGAAUGAAUUGUACAAAGGAAUUAAUGUGCUAAAAGUCACUCAUUCUGAAAAAUAAUCAUUGUUCCAUACUUUGUUAAUAAACUACCAUAUUUCAUCUCAAAGUUUUAUGUCAUUGUAGUGUUUUUAUUAUCAUCUAAAAAUUAUUCCAUUGUUGAAUAAAUCUACUUUAAUUCGAGGAAAUAUCAUUAAGUCCUAUAUGUAUGAACAUCUAAAUACAGUGACAAUGAUUCACUUACUAUAGACCUGGCUAACUGCAUGUUCUGUAAAAAGCCAUGCCAUGUUUUUAAAACUAAUUAUGGUAAAUUAUUUACAAGAUUAUAACUUAAUAAAGAAAUUUUUGUCAAUGCA